AUGCCACAAGAGGAAUCCAACAAAUCAAAGGGUUCAUCAACAACUCUCGGAGUGAGCACAAAACUCCAAAUUGAUUCCUCUGAAUCCAUUUCUCGUACCUCUCAUGAUAGUAGCUCGAAUCGACAUUCGACUUCAUCCAAUCCAUCUCCAAGAGAUGGCAACCAUGAUAGUACCUCUACGGCAAACGGCGGUGACCAGAAGAAAAAGAAGAAUAUAUUUUCCAGAAUGUUUGGAAAAUCGAACAAGGAAGGUAAAGAGAAUAAUUCAUCAUCCUCUGCAACCUCUCAUUCAACAACAACAACAACAACAUUCGAGGAAAAUGUGUCAUCAUCGACCGCGACGACAACAUUAAAUGUUUCACAACAAACAAAUUCCUCGUCUCCAUCAAGAGUAUCAUUUGCAAAUAUUCCAAAUGAAACAGGCUCCGAGAAUGCUCACAGCUCUCCAACUGCUCAUCAAUCAAGAAGAAGACAUGGAUCCUUAUUUACGCCAGGUAGUAACCAUUCAAGUCCUCUUGUAUCGAAUCGAAAUCAACAAUCAGUGUUAUCCAACACGAGUUCUCCAAAUACAACACCAGCUCGAUUGGGAGAAGAUUCAUUGUCUCCUCCUCUUCCUCCACCUACUGUGAGAACUCCACCACAAAAUCGAAUGACUGUCAAUUUGGGUACUGGUGGUCAGAUUUUUGAGAGAUUACCUGCCAUGGUCAAUCGACAGAGUGCAAAUUUCCAAAAGUUGAUGGGUGGAAUGUUCGGAAAGAAGGAAACUUUAACAAAAGAAGAGGAAGAAGAUAAGCUCAUUCGUGAACAUCAUUUGAAUAAGCAAGAACAAGCAGUUUUGAAAGCCAUUAACUCAGAACCAACUGUGUUGAUUGAUAAAUUUAUGAAAAAAGGUUUUGAUUUGAAUCACUUGAAAACCCUCAACGAAGUUUUGGAUAUUGUUUCAAAAUUGGCAGCAGCAGAAGAAGGCACAGAAAAUGCAGUGACUGAGGACGACUGUAAAUAUACAUUGUGGUUGAAUGAAUUUUUGGAUAAAGGAGGAUUGGACGCCAUCAACGAUUGUUUGGCUUCGUCAGCUCUCAUUUCCGCUACAUCCAACAUUUCCGAUGAAGAAAAAGAAUUGAAAGAAGUUUAUUGUCUCAAAGUUUUGGAAACGAUUUUGAACUCUUCCGAUUAUGCAAGAAAGACAUUGAUCAAGAAAAAGGAUUUGUUGAGAACAAUGGUUCUCGUUCUCGAUUCAAAAUCAUUGGAUUUGAGAGCACAAAUCUUACUCUUACUUUCUGUCAUUAUGAAUUUGACCAUUGAAGACAUUGAUGGCUAUGAAUUAAUUAUGGACGCAUUCACCAAUUUCAAACUCAUCAAAAGAGAACCAAAAAGAUUUCAUUUCAUUGUGGAUAGCUUGAACUUUUUAUCGAGCGAAGAAUUGGAUGUUGAUGACAUGUUAAACGGAACCAUUGCAAGCUAUGUGUUGACAUGUCUUGUAUUUUUCAAUUCACUCAUUACCGUUGCUCGAAAUGAAGGUGUGAAAAUUGCAUUGAUGCGUGAAUUGAGAAAACUCGAUCUGCAUCUCUGUUUGAAACAUAUCCAAUUGAAGUACGAGGUUCUUCAAGAAGAACAAGCCAUUGAUCCCGAAGACGAUGACUCAACCAUUUCCAACAUUGUUCUUCAAAUUCGAUUAUUUGAUAACGUAUUUCAUGAAGUUUUUGAAGAUGUUGACAACAAAACAGCAUUUGUUUUCGAAUUGGAUAAUGUCGACACAAGUGAUGCUACCGAAAUGACCAGAGCCAUUUCCAGCUAUUUGUCAUCCACUACUGUCUGUACUCCCAUCGGUGAAGAUGCAAUUGUCAAUGCCCAUGACAGUUUCAUCAAUAUCAUGAAUUCUCUUUUGAGAUUUACUAAAUAUAUUGCAAUUAGUCAGAGUAAGGGAGUAAGCGUUGAAGAAGUGAACAAUCAAUGGAAAACCAUUGACAUGCUAUUGAAAGCAGCCAUCAAAGAAGAUAAAGCAAGUUUCACAACACCCAAAGAAAUCGAAUUGGAUGGACUCGUCAAGAUUCAACAACGAACCAUUCUCGACUUGGAAAGCGAAAUUAAAAACACAAAGAAGGAACUCUUUCAAGCUCAACAAGAAAUUGAAAAACGAAACAAGGAAGAGGAGGCUAAAAAGAAGAAGGAAAUGUUCAGCACCUUCAUGAAUAAGGUUUCUGCCAUGUCAAAGGAAGAAGUUCUCAAAUCAGAAUUGGACAAAUUGAAAGAGGAAAAUACAAAACUCCAGAGUGACUUGAAAAAUCUCACCACCGAGAAGGAAGAAAUGGAAACUCGAAUCAAGGAAAUUCGUGUCAUCAAUCAACGUGCGUUACGAAUGGAAGAAUUCUUAAAGUCACGAAAUUUAACACUUCCAGAUGAAAAUGAAAGUGUCACUAGUCAUGGAGGAUCCGCCGUACCUCCACCUCCAGGCAUGGGUAGUAAUAUUCCUCCACCACCUGGAAUGAAUGGUGGCGUCUUAGUUCCUCCACCUCCUCCAGGAUCAAUUCCAAUGCCACCUGGAAUGAAUGGUGGUGUCCCUCCACCACCUGGAAUGACUGGAGGCGUGCCUCCUCCUCCACCUGGAAUGAACGGUGUUCCUCCUCCACCUCCAGGAUCAGUCCCUAUGCCACCUGGAAUGGGUGGCGGUGUUCCAAUGCCACCAGGCGCAUUCGGAGGAGCUGCAAAACCAGCUCUUCCAAAACUGCCAACUGUCAAACCAAAGAAAAAGACAAAGGUAUUCUUCUUUGAUGCAAUUCCUUCCUCGAAUAUUCAACAAACCAUUUUCAUUAAGAAUGGAAUUGCACAAAAGACAAAUGAAUUAAUUGCCAAGAUGGAUCUAGGAAAUAUUGAGGAAACUUUUGAAAAAGUUGAAGAAAAAGUCAUUGAUGCCAAUGCUCCACCUGGAAGUGCAAAGAAGAAAGUUGAAGAAGUAAUUUUAAUUGAUGGAAAACGUUCAAACAAUAUUUCUAUUCAAUUCUCUGCGCUUAGAAAGUUGGACGCUUCUGAAUCUGACGAAGAUAAAUGCAAGAGAUAUAAAAAGGCAAUUAUUGCAAUGGAUGAGAAAACGGUCGACGAAAAUAAUAUUGAAGUGUUGACUGGAUGUAUGCCACUCGAUGAAGAAAUUAAGAUUGUGAAAGACUAUCUCACUAAAAAGGACGAAGAACCUACUUCACCAACCGAAGACGACGGAGUUAAAAAGAUUUUACCAAUGGCAGAAACAUUCUUUACCCAUUUGCUUGACAUUCCCUCUCCUUUACUUCGUUUGCAAUCUUGGGAAUUUAAAUUGAAGCUAAAUUCAAGAAUUGGAAUUCGUACGAAAUUGGAUUGUAUUAUUGAUGGUUGCAAGGAAUUGCAAGAGAGCACAAAAUUGCAUGAUAUUUUGGCCAUUAUUCUUACCAUUGGUAACUAUAUUAAUCAACAUUCACCCAACAAGAAAUUGCAAAAUCUGUAUGGAUUCAAGAUUAGUUCUCUCGAGAAAAUGAGUACCAUGAAGGGUAGAGAUCCAAAACAAAACAUGUUGCAAUUCCUUGUCCAAGUUUGUGAAGAUAAUUUCCCAGAUUUGAUAAGUGUCACAGAUGAGCUCAAAUCCGUCGGCACUUGCACACGUUUACAAUUACCUCCAAUCGAUCAAGAUAUUAAGAAAUUCCAAGAGGAUAUCAAGCAAACAAAAUCCUUCUUUGACCAAAUGUGUAAACUCGAUAGAGAAGGAAAGUUAGAUCCUGAAGAUCGUUUCAUUUCAGUCAUGGAAGAUUCCAUCUCUUCCGCACAAAGCCAAAUGGAAAUUAUUGUACAGAAACGUCAAAAAGUUGAAGAAAACUUGAAACUUACAGCAGCAUUAUUCGAUGAAAAAGCUCAAGAUCUUCUCGAAAAACCAGAUGUCUUCUUCAAUCAAAUUUAUCAAUUUUUGGACAAUAUGAAGAAAGCUCAAAUUGAAUUGAAAGCCAAACGUGAAAAGGAAGAGAAAGAACAACAAAAGAAAGCUCAAGAAGAAGCUAAAAAGAAGACUGAAAAACAAUUAGGACUUGACAAGAAGAAGGAACUUUUAAUGCAACGAAAGAAGGCGGCUGCCACCACAACAGCCACCAAAUUGCUGACAAGAACAGUGAAUCUCACUCCACAAUCUCCAUCCUAUGACAUUUCUACAAAAACGAAAAAUUCACUACUUUCCACAAUUUCCCUAAAAUCUCCAAUUCCAGAACAAGAAGAACCGUCUCACUUGUUAUCAGUUCUUGAAAAACAACAAGAAGAAAAAAAGAAAUCGAACAAUUUCUUUGCAGGUUUAAUGCAAAUGUCAAAGAAAGAAGAAAAACCAAUUGAAAGAAGACCAACUUUGAUGAGUUUGAUGGCCAAAGGUUUGACAGAUGGUUCUCUCAUGAAAGCAAAACAAGAAAAAAAGAUGUAUUAA